CGAUUUUCACCAUUCCCUCUUUUCGGCAGCGAGGGAAUUGUGUGAGAGCGGCGGUCUUUGGUGGAUAUCGAAGCCGGCAGCCAUGGUUAAGUACGCAAGAGAGCCGGAUAACCCAACGAAGGCAUGCAAGGCCAGGGGCUCCGAUCUCCGGGUGCACUUCAAGAACACCCGUGAGACAGCGCAGGCGAUCAAAAUGAUGGAGUUGAACAAGGCGAAGAGAUACCUCGAGGAUGUCAUCGCCCACAAGCAAGCCGUUCCAUUCCGCCGGUUUUGCGGUGGUGUUGGCCGUACCGCUCAGGCGAAGAACAAGGGUCAGACCAACGGGCAGGCUAGAUGGCCCGCGAAGUCUGCCAAUUUCCUGCUGGGACUCCUGAAGAAUGCCGAGAGUAACGCUGAGGUGAAGGGUCUCGAUGUCGACACACUCUUCAUCUCCCACAUUCAGGUCAACAAGGCACAAAAGCAGAGGAGGAGGACGUAUCGUGCCCACGGCCGUAUCAAUCCCUACAUGUCAUCACCAUGCCACAUCGAGCUUAUUCUGUCUGAGAGGGAGGCACCUGUGAAGAAGGAGGUUGAUCCCGAGCCUACCGCCACGAAGAAGCGAAAGGGACCUGCCCGUAUCCGCAGUGGAGCCACGGCGUAGUGGGGAUGUAGCGUGCUUUUCUGGCAGAAACGAAUUUCGACAGCAUUCUUUACGUUCUGAAUUUAAGCAUUGAAGCAUGUUUUGAAGAGGACGGAACAGCCGUAAUUCCCUUUCCGUUGUGAAGACAUCCGUUGUUGGAUGUUCUAGUGCUCCCAUUUUUCUAGCGUCGGUAUACUUUGGGCCUGAUUGAGCCGAACGAAAACUAAACGUUUCUUUGUUUGAAGAGAGCAUUUGAAGAGGAAGAGUUUUUCUUGUACAUUUACGGCAAUUGGGCCUUCUCAGUUGGUUCUGUAUGCGUGUGUAUGAUGUUGUGGUUUUUCUGUCAAGAGAUGGUCCUCUCUGUUCGUCUCAUCAGAUCUGGUUGCCUUUCUAAUGGGCUAUUACAGUGAAAUUCGUGUCGUACUAGUUGUCUUUGAAGAUCCGGACCUAUUAUGGUGGGAUUAUGAAUCUUGUCGAUUGGCUGAUAAUGUGUCUGUCGGCGCUGAUGAGUUGGAGACUGUUGUGUUUUAAUACUGAAGUAAAAUCAGUUGUUUGCAUAAGUUAAGCCUAAGGCAUAUGUCAUUCGUGGAAAGCUUGAGUGAUCGAUCUUGUCGUUUAGUUAUGAAAAAUGUGAAGGACAUUCGGAGGCUGUGGUUUGUCUUUUUGUUUUUUUUUGUUUGUUUUUGUUUGUUUUUGUUUGUUUGUGUUUGUAGUGGACUAGAUGGAACCUGUGGAACUUGUGCUUAUGCCUCGCUGCGCUAUUCAACACGAG